CAGGAAGUGCUCCCGGACUGAGAUGGCAGACUUUGCUCGCGGGCAAAACUAAAGAAUUCUUCUAUUCAUGGAGGCAAACACUAAGGAUGUUUUCCACAGGAACCCUAAAGGAAAGUUUCUUUCAGCCUGGCUCAGCGCACCAGAAAGAAUAAGUUAUGACGGUAUCUGUUCCUGCCUGCCCGCCCUCGCCCUGGUUCCCAUUCCAAGCGUUUCUUUUGCAAAACACGCGGAGCCCUGAUUUGACAGAGCUGGAGAGCAUCUGACCUUACUCAUCAGUGACCCUCAAGUACAUUUCCUGUAGAAAGAGGAAGGGAGUCGACAUGAAGGAAAAUGUGGCCUCCACCACUGCUUUCAUCUUGCUGCUUUUUCUCAACAUCAGUCUUCUGAAUGGACAAUCAAUUCCUGGAAAACCUAAAUUCCAUAAAUGUCGUUCUCCGGAAAAAGAAACCUUCACCUGCUGGUGGAAUCCGGGGGCCGAUGGAGGACUACCUACCAAUUACACGCUGACUUACCACAAGGAAGGAGAAACACUCACCCAUGAAUGUCCAGACUACAAGACCGGUGGGCCCAAUUCCUGUUAUUUUGACAAGAAACACACCUCCAUAUGGACAAUGUAUGUCAUGACCAUAAAUGCCACAAAUGAAAUGGGAAGCAGUUCCUCGGAUCCACUUUACGUGGAUGUGACUUACAUAGUUGAACCAGACCCUCCUGUCAACCUGACUUUGGAAGUAAAACAGCCAGAAGACAGAAAUCCGUACCUGUGGAUGAAAUGGUUUCCACCCACCCUGGUUGAUGUAAGAUCUGGUUGGCUCACACUCCAGUAUGAGAUUCGAUUAAAACCUGAGAAGUCAGAUGAGUGGGAGACCCAUUUUGCCGGGCACCAGACUCAGUUUAAGAUUCUCAGCUUAUAUCCAGGACAGAAAUAUGUUGUCCAAGUUCGUUGCAAACCCGACCACGGAUCCUGGAGUGAGUGGGGCCCAGAGAGCUCUAUCCAGAUACCUAACGACUUCACCAUGAAAGAUACAACCGUGUGGAUCUUUGUAGCUGUUCUUUCUGCUGUCAUCUGUUUGAUUAUGGUCUGGGCAGUGGCUUUGAAGGGCUAUAGCAUGAUGACCUGUAUUCUUCCACCAGUUCCGGGUCCAAAAAUAAAAGGAUUUGAUACUCACCUGCUUGAGAAGGGCAAAUCGGAAGAACUGCUGAGUGCCCUGGGAUGCCAAGACUUCCCCCCGACUUCUGACUGUGAGGACUUGCUGGUAGAGUAUUUAGAAGUUGAUGACAGUGAGGACCAGCAGCUGAUGCCAGGACAUUCCAAAGAACACCCCGCUCAGAAAAUAGACCCGGACAGUGACUCUGGCCGAGGAAGCUGUGACAGCCCUUCCCUUUUGUCAGAGAAGUGUGAGGAGCCCCGGGCCAAUCUCCCGAAAUGCCACACUCCUGAGGGAACUGAAAAACCAGACAAUCCCAAACCCACCAUUAUCCGCACCUGGAACCCCCAGAACUCAAGCUUGGGAGCCAAGAUUCCCCUUUUUCAUGCAGAUGCCUCCAAGUCUUCAACAUGGCCCUUACCACAACCUCCCGGAGAGCAGAACCCCAGAUCUUCUUACCACAAUAUCGCUGACGUGUGUAAGCUGACCCUGGGCACAGCAGGCACAGCUGCCACUUGGCUGGACAAAACAGACAAAGUUGCUCUUAAAUCCUCAGAAACCAAUGAGACUGCAGAGGAGGAAAAGGCAGCAGAGCCGAGGAAGGGGGGCAGUUUUCAGCCCAAGACUGGCCAAGACAUGGCGUUGCUGCCACCGCCAGAGCAAACCCCCUUCCUGUCUGCAAAACCGCUGGAUUAUGUGGAGAUUCACAAGAUCAACAAAGACGGCGCACUGUCAUUACUCCCAAAACAGAGAGAGGACAGUGACCCUGUGGAGAAGCUGAGAGCUCCGGAAACCAAUAAGGAGUAUGCGAAGGUAUCCAGUGUGAUGGAUAACAACAUCCUAGUCUUGGUACCAGAUCCACGAGCUCAAAACCUGGCUUUGCUAGAAGAACCCACCAAGGAAGUGCCACCUUUUCUUCAACAGAACCAAGCCGAAAAUGACCUGGCCUCCUUUACCACGACCCCCGGCAACUGCAGACUCCAACUGGGUGGGUUGGAUUACCUGGAUCCCACAGGCUUUGUGCACUCCUUUCAGUAAUGAUUUGGUGGAUAAGAUGGUUGGUUAAAAUGUGAUUUUUUUUUUCUUCAGGUAACACUACAGAGUACACAAAAUGCAAUCUACUAGACAUUGCCUAAGAGUGUGGUUAGAAUAACACUACAAAAACUCACAGUUCACGCCUUUUCAUGCUCCAUUUUCAACCAGUUGCCUCUCUCUCCAACAGCUGAUUCCAGAACAAAUUGUUUCAUUUCCUAACUGUGAUUUGUGAUUUCCUUUACUUGCUAUUACUUAUAAAAAUUAUGUGUUCAAUGAAAUAAAAGCACAUUGUUUAGUGUUUUGGAGGGAUGGUGCCAAUAGGUAUAUCCUUGGGGAAAGGCUUUAAUGGUUGAGUAUGUGAUAGAAGGAAAUGAAAAUAGUCAUAAUUGUUUACCACAGAAAGAUGACAGACAUGAGAAAAUGCCUUGAAAACCAAUUACUUAAUCUUUAUACUCCUCUUUCAUUUGAUUAGGAUUAACUAAAUAUAAUACAUUUGAAGAAAGACUGUAUAUCAGACACCCAACAAAUUGUUUAUAUCAUCCAAUUACCUUAGUGAUGGCUUGCCAAUAUGCAAAUCAAAAAUGAUGCCUCUAGCUCUUUCUUAAAAUAGUUCAAAUUGUCAAGUAUGUAUUCCCUCCCCCUAAAUUGAAAUCUAUUCUAAAGACUCUAAAGAGAUUAUAGUUUGGGGAAGUCAAAUUUCUUACACAAGAGGCAAAUAAAUUCCAUGUAGUAAAUUCUUCUAAAAUAUUUCCCUGUUUCAUUUUGGCAUGAUCUAUCACUUAAUAUAGAUCCUAGUCUUCUUUCACUGAGGAAAACAUCCCAAAAGACUAACUUUAAUUUAAAAGAUAAUCAUAGCAGGAUGCUAGUGAAAAUACUGCCUUACUGUAAAUACAAAUUCUACUUUAAUAUAAACCCAUAAUUUAACAAUGUAUUUUUGAAGACUAUUUUUCUAUCACUUAGGUAAAACAAAAGACAAUUUUCUAUCUUUCCCACUACAGCUGUUUACGUAUUCAGUGGGUACGGUGUUUUCUGCUAUAAGGUUGUAAUGAGAUUUACAGUACAUAUUAGUAUAUGCAGCUUCUCUCUGUGGAGUAAAAUGCCAUAUCAACCCGAAGUUCACUGAGAAAUAGGAAGUGGGUGACAAUACUCAAUUUCCAACAAAAUAGAGUAUAGUGUAUCUGGUUUCUUUUUUUCUCCAGAAUACUUUGAACAAUAAACACCAACCUAGAGUUUUAGGGCUCUCCACAAACCAAAAAUUGCUUCUUCUGUAAGUUUCGGGCCAGUCUGGGGCUUCUGCUCUUCUCUAGACACAUGAAUCUUCUUAAAGCUACCAUGGGAAAGAAGCUCAGUUACUCCUAAGGUAGUGUUCGAAAGAGAGGGUUUGAUUUGGUUUUGCUUUGAUGAACCAAACAUGAACCACAGAGAAAUUUUAGGCAAAGCCAACAGUAUUUCUCUGGAGGAGACACAUCAGCAAAUCCUGGACAGAGGCAGACUCAUAUCAAAAGAGUCCAAUAAAAGUUCUAAGAAACCAAGUAUCAGCAGGGAAGUGGGAAGGGUUAAAACAUCCCUGGUAGUGAGGAUUUCUAAGUGAGUUCCAUGGGCAAGCUCCCCAAGAAUCAUCAAAAGCCCAGAUCUUCAUUUUUAAGACAGCAUCUGUGACUCAUUCAAUUAUCUUCCUCUUUCCUUUAAUUUUCAUUGAAGGGUCAUGAGUUACAAAGUUACUACAACUGUCUCCCUCUUUUUUUUUAAAUUUUGCCUGAUGGUAAAUCCAUUCCUGAUGUCUACUCCCUAGCUAAACAGAAAAUUCAAGUUCAC